UAAGUUGCGUAUUUUUUCAUGAUUUGCGUAGACCAAUUAAAUUAAUUGAUUUAUUUUUGGUGCGUCUGCAGUCGAUGGCAGUGUCCUCGUCCACAUCCAAUAAUAUUGUUGUGAACUCCGUUGCAUCGAAUACUGCCGGCCCACAUCAUUCAUACACGUCCCAAGCGAAUAUAACAUUGCAGCAGCCUCAGCAUCAUCAGACCACACUGCAACAUCAACAACAGCAAUCGCAUCUGCAAUCGCAACACCACCAACAAAUCCACCAGCAGACGCAACAUUUGCUCCCUCAGCCCCAGAUAACCCAAAUACAAACAAUUCCAGCACAACAUUCAGCCGGUGCGACCGCCUCUACGGGCACUUCGAACACAACGACAAUGAGUAACAACCACAGCGCGGUGGUGUCCACGGCAAGUGCCGGCACAACGACGGGGACACCAACUAUGGCGACAACGCAAAGCGCUGCGCAAGGAAAUACCAAAGAGAAAUGUCGAAAGUUCUUGGCUAACUUAAUUGAUUUGGCAACGCGCGAACCCAAGCCGGUGGAAAAGAAUGUGCGUAACCUUAUCCAAGAGUUGGUAAAUGCGAACGUUGAGCCAGAGGAGUUUUGCGAUCGGCUGGAACGACUGUUAAAUGCCAGUCCACAACCUUGUCUAAUUGGAUUUUUGAAGAAAAGUUUACCGCUGCUGCGUCAGGCGCUUUUUACUAGGGAACUUGUAAUUGAAGGCAUUAAGCCCCCACCGCAACAUGUAGCCGGUUUGACUACCUUACAACAGUUUCCGAAAAUUCAAGCGCAAAUACGCCCCAUUAGUCAAAAUCAAACGACUACCAUCGGACAGACGCAAGUGAGAAUGAUUUCGCCUGGUGGCCCAGGUGGUCCCCGACCUAUUGGACAUACGACGAUCACAAAGCAGCAGGGUGGAAUUCGUAUACAAGGUCCCACCAGCGGGCCUCGACUUGUCAAUGCCCAAAUCCGAGGACCCAUUCCAGCGUCCAUACAUCAGUCAAAUGCGCAACUCCCUACUGCGCCGAACCAAGCGAAUAUUGUACAUAUAAGAGCUCCAACAGUAACACAAAUUAGCCGACCCGCAACGGUUCAAAUACGUACUGCAAAGGGCAAAAAUGCACCACCAGGCAUUACGCACGUCAAAGUUGGACAGACCCAAAUCAAGGCGAUCUCCUCGCCUGUACCAUCGCUUGUCACGUCAAGUCAGCCGCCCUCNCUCGCAGCUAUUUCCAACAGCUUACCACCCUCGUCAACACCAUCGCUAUCUGCGGUAUCCACAAUUCUAUCCACCAUCAAUUCUGUGGCGACAUAUUCGCACGCAGGCAGUGGGACAUCGUUGCCAACUCCAUCAUUGCCCACCGUACAACUGCCCCCCGCCUUAAUGAAUAGCAGUAGCAGCCAUCUGCACAAUAACGCAGCGUUAGCAGGCAUAGGAGAGAGCCUAAGAAUCAUUGACCACAAAGUGGACUUGAACAUCGUGAAACAAGAGAAAAUUGCACCUGCCACACCAUCAGCGACUGCCACAGCAAACAAGUCAACGACAAAAUCUGGUGCUUCAUCGGCCAGCAAAGCAUCAAGCAAAAAGAAAAAAGAACAACUGGAUAAAGAAAAAGAAGACAAAGCGAAUGCUUCGGGCGCUGCCGCAACAGCAGCGUCUUCCUUCUACCAACAGCCCUCUAUAUCUAUGUCUUCUUCAUUAUACGGGGACGACGAUAUAAACGAUGUCGCUGCCAUGGGUGGUGUCAAUUUGGCCGAGGAAUCACAGCGCAUUCUGGGCUGCACUGAAAAUAUCGGCACCCAGAUCCGUUCGUGCAAGGACGAAGUAUUUCUGCAUCUGCCUGCGCUGCAGGCGCGUAUACGCGCGAUGGUAAUGGAGCGUGGUCUGGAAGAACCAUCACAAGAUGUGGCAGUGUUGAUAUCACAUGCGUGCCAAGAACGUCUGAAAAAUAUCGUGGAAAAAUUGGCUGUGAUAGCAGAGCAUCGAAUUGACGUUAUUAAGCUGGACCCACGAUACGAAGUCACAAAAGAUGUACGUGGUCAAAUAAAAUUUUUAGAGGAAUUGGAUAAAGCGGAACAAAAACGUCAUGAGGAAAUGGAAAGAGAAAUGCUAUUGCGCGCUGCCAAGUCUCGAUCGAAAAUUGAGGACCCCGAGCAGGCGAAAAUGAAAGCGAGGGCGAAAGAAAUGCAGCGUGCCGAAAUGGAAGAACUGCGGCAGCGAGACGCCAAUAUGACUGCGUUGCAAGCUAUUGGACCACGGAAAAAAAUCAAGCUAGAUGGCGACGCAAUAGGUACAGGGGCGAAUUCUAGCGCCGGCGGUGCACUAGGCGCAUCGAGUGUACCAGCAGUGCCGCUAAGACCACGGAUUAAACGCGUUAAUCUCCGGGACAUGCUCUUCUUCAUGGAACAGGAGCGCGACACAUGCAGAAGCCAAAUGUUAUAUAAGGCAUAUCUUAAGUGAUCGACUUCGUACAACUGCUAAGGGACACCUACAUAUAUAAUAUGAACUUUCUAAAUAUGGUGAACAUUUCGUCGAUAAAAUCACUUCAUCCCCUUAUUUUGUAAUUUUCUAUGUAAAGUACUUUUAUUUGUUUCGCUGUAGCUCUCCUCCAGCAACAUAUAAUGUAAUCACAUUUUGAUUGCAAAGUGAAAUGAAUGCAACUUUUGCGGGUUUUUAAUCUCAAAGCUUCUUGUAUAAAUAUGUUUAUCUUUAUGACAAUUAUGCUUUGCCGCUACUGCGGUUGACGACAAAGUGCUUUAUUAGUUGCAGAAAAUGUAUAAAGCUUACUUCAAGUUGCAAUUAGGCUGACAGCGGGAAAAUAUUUCUAGUUAGUUUGGAUGGAUUAUUGCAAUAUUAGUAAGAGCCACACUAAUAAACAUAUUCUACUUUUGAUUCUAAUAUUUUAACUCCAUUUAACAACAUAAUUUCUUAUUUUUAUUAUUGAUUUAUUUAAUAAAAAUAAAAUUUGCAACUCAUACUUGAAAUGGAAUUUCAAAAAUUAAUUCACUAGCCAAGAGUCGAAUGAGAAUAUGAAAACAAAAAGAAAUGAUGAAAGCAGUUAUUUUAAGCAAUGCGUGCUUUAAAUUUCUUACUUACUUGCUCGAUUGCUUCAAACACUGCUUUGUCUAAGUAUGCAAGUUGUAUUAAAAGCAGGUAUAUUACAAGUUGGCAUGAUGAUAUUGCGUUGUUUAACAUAAAAACUAUAUAUAUAAAAAUAUGGCCUUAUACAUUUAGGUUAAUAUCACGCAAAUUUUGUACAUUUUGUUUAUUCCGAUUAAAUGUCGUUUUCUACCUACUAUUUUACCUAAAACAUCUUGUUAAUCACAGGAACAAACAUUAAAGUAAACCCAUAUUUUUAAAUGUAUAAAUUUUCAUGUAGAAACUAAAUACUGAAUUAGGAGUUGGGUUAAGCGAGCAUUUGCUAAUGGGUGUUUUGUGUGUACGUGUAAGCAGAAGCGCUGCUCUUACGGUUUUCCAGCAGAUAUAGCGAAUGCCACAAACAGUUUAUGCAGCAAAGCAACAUGAAUGUAGAACAAAAAAAUAUGGCGUGUUGGUCCAGAAAAGGAGGGCUUGCGAUUUCCUUAAUAUACCUGCAUAAGUUAACACAUUUUUGUUGCUAGCAUAUUUUUUGUUGUUUUAAGUUAAAAAAUCACGUAAGCAUUCAUGUUGUUUUGUUCCACUGCACAACACACCAGAUGGUUCAAUUCAGUUUCAAGAGGUUCAAAACCAAUAUUAACCUUUAAGCGCGGUUUAGAAUUAAGUAGAAUAUUCAUAGAAAUUUGUAUAUUUGUAAGACUUUACGGCCACGGCAUGAGUGGACAAUAUGUCCUUUGACGCCCACAAAAAAAUAUUCAUAAAAAAUUAUGUAUUAAGGUUUAUUCAUACAAAAUACACUUUAGAAUUUUAGAUUAAGCGAAAACUCUAACCGAUAAAACAAACUGCAUAUACAUACACAUAUUAAUAGAGGUGGAAACAAUAGAAAAAUAUAGUAACAAACCGCUUAUUAUAGUCUUAUUUGCAAAGGCAUUAAUAAAUUUUAACAUGGACACCCAAGAAUAGUAAAUACAUAAAACAAAGCAACACCAACCAAUCAAAGGACCAACAAUUCAUUCGUAAUUAAUGGUGUGAAAAACGGAAAAACAAAAUAAAAAAUAAAUAAAAAAAUGAUUGCAACUAUGGUUAGAAAUUCUACUAAAAUCGUAGUAUAUUACAACCUAUGUAUGUAAAUGUUCGUAAAUUAAGUUAACUUUUAUUAUUUUGUAAUACGAAAAGUAAUACUUGCAGUUAAAAAAAAAAGUAUCAAGUUCUUUUAUAAAAUGUAUAAAGUUGAGUAACCAAAUCGGCAAAUAACGAAAAUGAAAAUAAAAAUGGAAAUACAAGUUAAACAAACAAAAUUUUAAUGCUGGCUAAAACUUAGUUUUAACUAUUGUAUAUUACAAUGAAAUUGUGUAGUUAUAAAUGAAUAAAUUAAAGUAAUUUAUAUAAAACAAACCGGAAGUAUAAACAAACCACAAAGCAAAACAAAACAAAUCCAUGAAAUAGAAUCAAGCAGAACCUGGAAAAAACAGUGUAAUCGUUGGUAUACUACAGUUGCUUAUCAAACAAAAUAAAAUUAUCAAAAAGCAAUGCCAAGCUUGAGUAGCGUCAGUUGUGUAUCAGCAAAUACCAACAAUGGCGUUGAAACCAAUGCGAAAAGCAACGUUUGCUAAAGGAUUUUUCAAAUACAAAACGAAGACCACAAAAUACAAGUUGAAGUAGGUAAAAAUGAAUUUGAAUAAAAGUGUUUAAAAUAAAACAGCCGAUACUUAUUAUUGCAACUUUAA